UAUACAAAGAGGACGUUCAUGGCCUCAGGGACAUGUAGUUUUGGCAACACUGCGAACGUCAAGUUAUAAACAGUGGGUGAUUUGAAAUUCGGAGAUUUGUUAUUCUUUCAAAAAUGAAGCCAGAUCGAACACCAAUGGCGAGAAGACCUCGGGUACCUCCGAAACCAAAAACAGUAGAAAGGAAGAUGGAACAAGACCCUGUAGAGGUAUUUUGUCGUAUACGUCCUAAAGAAAAUCCAGAGGAAGAACCGUGUGUGGUUGUGGUAGAUACUCGCACUGUCAAGCUUUCUCCACCCGUGGCAUCAUUUGCCUUCCGUAAUGGAAAUGCCAAAGAACAAGAGUACAAAUUCCAGCGUGUCUUUGGACCCACAACAUCUCAGAAGGACCUAUUCAAUACAGUGGCCAAACCCUUGGUGUCAGAUCUUUUGCGUGGAAAGAAUGGCCUUCUAUUUGCAUAUGGAGUUACAGGCUCUGGAAAAACUUACACAAUGCAGGGAACAUCGCAAGAUGGUGGCAUUCUCUUGAGAACUCUAGAUGUCAUCUUCAACAGCAUCAGUGAAAAUCAGGCUAAGCGAUGCAUGUUUAAGCCUGAUGGCAUGAAUGGAUUUGAAUGGCUGUGUGAAGCUGAAGCUUCUGAACAUAGGCGUAGGGUAGACGCAACUCCUCAGCCAAGAAUGCCCGGACAUAGAUACAGGAGAGAAGCCAAUGGUUCCCACAAUAGUAGUGAUCGCGUUCCUGAUUCUUCUCGUGUGUCAUCUGUUGAUGAUGAUAGUAUCUUCUCGGUGUUUGUUUCCUAUAUUGAGAUUUAUAACAACUACAUUUAUGAUCUACUUGAAGAAACAUCAGAUUUAGCACAAGCAAGGGGAUUCCAGGCCAAAAUCUUGAGAGAAGAUGCAAGCCACAAUAUGUAUGUCAAUGGAUGCAAUGAGAUUGAGGUGAAGAGUACUGAUGAUGCCUUAGAGCUUUUGUAUAGGGGCCAGAAAAAGCGAAAGAUUGCUUACACCCGAUUGAACUGCGAAUCAUCGCGAUCCCACUCCAUCUUCGGCAUACGUAUUGUACAGGCCCCUCUGGAUGAGAAUGGUGAAGACAUUAUCACGGACAGAAAUUGCAUCACAGUUUCUCAGCUUUCACUUGUAGAUCUGGCGGGUUCAGAACGAAAUACUCGCACUAAGGCUACUGGAGACAGGGUCAAAGAAGCAGGUAAUAUCAAUAACUCCUUGAUGACCUUGAGAGCUUGUAUUGAAACCCUGAGAGAAAAUCAGAUCACUGGAGGUAGCCGGAUGGUACCUUACAGAGACUCCAAACUCACUCAUUUUUUCAAGAAUUACUUUGAUGGGGAGGGUAAGGUGAAGAUGGUGGUGUGUGUAAAUCCAAAGGCUGAUGACUAUGACGAAACACUGCCAGUUAUGAAGUUUGCUGAGCUUGCGUCGGAGGUGCAAGUGCAGCGUUCAACUUACUCGGCUAAACAUGAGCUAGGUCUGCCCACGGGUAGGCGAAGAGCCAACCAGCUGUUCCGUGAGGCACAGAAGAGACUUGAAGAGCAAAAUACUCCACAUAUUAAGAACAUUGCUGUUGACCUUACUCCAGUGUACAACCUUGCACCUGCUUGGCCACCUGUGUCAUGGACUCCAGAAACAAAGGAAGAGAUCAUUACAAAAUUGAAACCUUACUUAAUCAAGUUGUCACAGAAUAGGGAGAAGAUGAUAGCAGAUAUUCAGGCAAAGAGCAGUAUGCUGGGCAAGUUGAUCUUGAAAAUGGAAAAUGAAAACAUUGUGCUGCGACAGGAGAACGCCAGUUUGCAGUCCAUGUACGAUGAUGCCUUGAACAAGAUUCGAAACCUUGAAGCAAUGGUGCUUGAGACAGAGUCUGCAAAUGACAGUCUCCAAAGAAAGUUCACAAAUUAUGAUAACCUUGUCGACGAAUGCAAUGCGGUUCGUGAAGAACUAGACAUGGCUAAGAAUCAAGGUCACUUGGAAAAGCAAAGGAUGAAAGCACGUCUGAAGUCAAAACUGGAAGCAGAAAAAGAACGUCUCAAAAAGGAAAUGAUCUUGCAGUUGAAUGAACACAAGUCUAAGACUUUCAAGAAAGGCGUGAAAGUUUUACAAGAAGUGCUUUUGGACUGUAACACGCCUAACUCCUCGGUUUUGCCUUCCAUAGUUCAUACCAAACCUACCCCUAGUAGAUACAGGGUAAGACCAACAAAAUCAGAUCCCAAAUUAGAGGUGAAUGAAGCUCACAGUGUUCUGGACCUGCCUAGUACGACAUCAAAGCCAAGUCUCAGACGGUCUAAGUCAUUUGGGAGUGAUGGAUUGGAGCUGUUAAAUGGCGAAAAUACCCUCAGAGGAGAUAUCUUGGCACAGACAGAACUGCUUUCAGCUUCUCGGAAGCGGUCAUCUGGGGAGAGCAGAGCCAGAAGUGGGGCUUCUAGUCAAGAAAACCUUAAUGCUGGCGGAAAGCGUGCAAGAUUCUAGGCGAAACAUCUUGAUCUAGAGUGAAUUGUUCCUGUUGAUUUGUCUUAGGUCUUAUUUUUUUUUCUAUAAAUGAGUAUCAUUGCCCAUAUUUUAAUUUUCGUGAUUAAGACGUUGCAUUGCGUGCAAAAUGACUCUUAAGUUUGCUAGUUAGUAUAACUGUCCUUAUCAAAUGUUAUAUUUUAGUGUCUAUAGGUGAUAAAAGAUCACAUGAACAAGUGAUUGUGUGGUUUAUUUAGUACUUAUAUAUUGCAGAGUAUGAGCAACAUACUUUUGGACAAGAAUUAUAUUUAUGUUGUAUCUUAAGGAUUAUUCAUGAAAAUAGUAUGUAUACUAAAGCCACAUGUAUCCAGUAAAAUAACACAAGAAAUAUUGUAGUUGUAAGAAGUUAGUUGUAGACCAGAAAGAAGUAAUGUUCGAAACCAAUCCUAUCCACUUUGAAGAAUUUACUGUGAAAUAUAUUAAACUUUAUGAUGUGAGUAAAUCAUUGAUGUUCACCCCUGGACAGUAUGUGGUAUAUAUUUCAGGGUACCUUUCUUCUCUGCAGCUAAAAUAGUAAUGUAUAAUCUAAAAAUCUUGUAAAUACAGAAGUGAUAUUGUUACUUGGUAUAGAGUAUGAUUCUAGGUUACUCAGAAGAAUUAUAUUUACAAAUACACAAAUUAUCAGCUGUAAAGAAACACCAAGAAAAAAUGGAGACAUUUGCUUUCUUUUUACUAUCUUUUCAGAUUUUUAAAAUGAUUUGUUUAUUUCAUUACAUUACACUUCCAGUAAGAAGUCUGGUUUUUGGACCAUUUUUCUGACAAAUAUGGAAAAAAUCUAAUAUAUCAGCAGUCAGAAAGUGGUGUAAGGCAAGAUGGAAUGACUUAAAUGUACAUAUACUGUAUAGUUUUUUUCUGCUGAAAUUAGCAUGAUUGUAUUUUUUUAAUGAACAGGCUGUUUAACAUGUUUGCUGUGAUUACUUUUAAAAUUGUGCUCAAUGAAUAAUAUGUCAUUAGAGCAUUUUUUUUUAUUGCCAACUUGGACUCUGCAGCGGGAAAUGGAUAAAACUGUAGGAAAAAUUGCAUUAUGCCAGUGCCUUGUUGAUUAUAUCAACUUGCAUAAUUGUUAUCAAGGGCUGUGCUGAGAAUUGAUAAAACUAGCAUAAGAAGAAGUUCACUAUGUAAGUUACUAAUGCCUUAUAUGUUUAAAUAUAUUUUUGCAGCCCCA